GUUUAUUUUUUGUUUGCGAAAAAGAGGCAGCAGAAAUAAUUGUACAUUUCCGUUGACGACAGAAUUUCUUCACAAGUUACAACGGCUGAUGCCGAUAGAACUCUGGAGAAUCAGCUGAUUCAUGUGCGCAUGCUGUUGUGAGGAAUCUCGUAGCCCAAAGUAAACAAGCGCCGCACCGCACAAUCAACAACACUCCCGCCGCACCGGCUUCCUCCGUUCAUUCCUCACCGUACGCGACAUGAUUUGCCGAACGUGAAUUUUGGAGUCCGUGUUCUCUCCCACCUUGAUUUUUUGGGGUGACCUCUACGCGUAGCGAGCAAUCGAAUCGGAUGUUCCGUCGUUCCGUGCGUGUCUUGUGAUCUUGUGGCAAGUUUUCCUGGAUUCCAUAUUGUUUUCUGUGAUCGGAUACCAACCCAUCGUAUCGUUGCACUUUGUGAAGGGCCUGUUUUUGGGUCAAAUCGCACGUUUUCAAUUUUCCCCUCGGUCUCGGUUGUGCACACUGAUAAGAACGGCUAUAAGCCACUGUCUGAAGAGAUUAUCAAGCUAUUCACAAGAUCAUAGGAUAUAUUACCGGCUGCUGAUCACGAUCGAGUACCGUACGCCAUGCCAUCGGAUGUGAAGGAAUUUCUGCGCCAAGCAGCAAUGCAGGUCGGUGCGGGGGGCUCAGCGGGCUUCGUGGAGGUGUGCAUCAUGCAUCCGUUGGAUUUGGUGAAGACAAGACUCCAGCUGCAAGCCAGCCCCACCGCUGGGACGGCGAAAUCGACCACCUACUAUAAUGGAGUAUUCGAUUGCAUUCGCAAAAUGGCCCAAUCGGAGGGUUUGUUUUCAUUGUACAAAGGUAUCCUGCCACCGGUGCUCGUCGAAACACCGAAACGAGCGGUCAAAUUUCUGACCUUCGAGCAGUACAAACGUUUCUUCAUGUUCGGUUCCGACAAACCGACACCCUUGACGUUUUCGUUGGCCGGGCUUGGAGCAGGUGUGACGGAAGCCAUUCUGGUCAAUCCCUUCGAAAUGGUCAAGGUUACAUUGCAGGCCAAUAAGAACAAAAUGGGACAAGUGCCAAGCACGUGGGCCGUCACGCGUCAGAUCAUUGGAGAAUCGGGCUUUGGAUUGAACGGAUUGAACCGUGGCCUAACGGCGACCAUCGGACGGAACGGCGUUUUCAACAUGAUUUACUUCGGUUUCUACCACAGUGUCAAGGGCAUGGUCCCGGAGUACAAGGAUCCCGUGCAAGAGUUUUUACGAAAAGUCGGUAUCGGAUUCGUCAGCGGAACUCUCGGGUCGAUCGUUAACAUACCCUUUGACGUGGCGAAAUCACGAAUUCAGGGACCACAACCGGUGGCAGGGCAGGUGAAGUAUCGUACCACAUUCGGUUCGAUGGCGAUCGUUGCCCGCGAAGAAGGUUUCGGGGCACUGUACAAAGGUCUCACACCGAAGGUGAUGCGGCUCGGACCGGGAGGUGCCAUCAUGCUGGUCGUCUACGAUUAUGUGUACGCGUUCCUGGACGAUUACUUCAAGUAAUUGAGCAAUUGUUUACGUUCACGCGUGCGCAAGCGAGAUCAAUGGAGAGAUUUUGAGAGGCGGUACAUCAUUAGCAAUAUAACGCGAUUGGAAGAAAGCAUCAUAAGUCCACAAGUUGGAAACCGAACAAAGUCCAAAGUCUUCACUCCGCUUCCCUCAAUAGGGGGGCUUAGGAUGGUUCUUUGCAUUUAUUUCCAUUCAACACAAACCAGGAAAAAAAACUGAAGCAUUUUGUCGAGAGUAUUUUUUUAAAUGUUACGAUGCAUGAGAUGCAAGUUUAACGUGCCCCAAUCGGUGGUUUCGAUUUUCAUCCACCGAGAGGAAAUGAAGAUAUACACACACUAAAAGGAAUGCAUUUGGCAUUGUAAAAGCUUGUUAAAACAUAAAGAUGUAUGUAAAAUAUAUACAAGAAAUUGUUUCUAUUCCA